AUGUCGGAAAGACCUAGAGUCUCAAUCUUAAAAUGCAAUUGGGACCUCUGUCCUGUCUCCGUCAGUUGGUUCGGGUACCGCCCUUCUCUCCCAAUGAACAUCACAUUCCUCGCAAUCUUUACGAUCGCUUUUACAGCCCACGUCUACCUCGCCGUUCGUUACAAAACCCAUGGCUUCGGGAUUUGCAUGUCCAUCGCCUGCUUUCUUGAGAUAUCCGGCUACGCCGGGCGGAUCCUCGCGUACACAAAUCCGUGGUCACUUCCCGCAUUCUUCAUCCAAAUCAACGGUGUCGGGUUGGCUCCAACCUUCUUUGCGGCGGGUAUAUACCUAUGCUUGACUAGAAUCGUUAUCGCAUAUGGUGCCAGAAUUUCUAGAGUACAGCCGAAGGUUUAUACGUACUUUUUUGUUGUUUGCGACAUCAUUUCGUUGGUAAUCCAGGCGCCUGGAGGAGCUCUAUCUUCUAUCUCGGCUAGUCAAGGAAAGCCACCGAAACUUGGGGCGUAUGUUGGACUAUCUGGUAUUUGUUUUCAGGUAUUGGCGUUAUCGAUUUGGCUCGGUCUAGGCGCAGAAUUCGCGUUACGGUGUAGGAGAGUCGGGAUGGAGGCCUGGGAUCCGAAGUAUGAGAAGAUGAGGAAUAGUUGGAGAUUCAAGGCCUUUCUGGCAGCGCUGGGGGUUGCAACUGCGGCAUUGUAUGUCAGAAGCGUCUAUCGAAUCGCGGAGUUGAGUGGGGGGUAUACGGGGCAUUUGGCAAAAGAUGAGCUGGCCUUUUGCAUUUUGGAAGCAGUUAUGAUUGCAAUUUUGUCACUUGUCACCGCGGCUUUCCAUCCAGGUUAUGGAUUCGGAGAGGAUUAUGUUCUUAUCACGGAGCAGAAGGCGUCGUAUCCAAGGCCAUGGAAGAAGAAUGCGUUCUUUAUGAAGGAUUUGAGGACUGAAGAGGUUAUCAUAGAGCUAAAUGAGCCGCGCAAAUCUUUUGUACGAACGGAUGGGGUCUGA